CUUAUCAUCCCAAAUUAAUAAAAACUUCUUUUUCUUCAUUGUUGGCAAGUUAAUGCGUUAUUUCCGGUCUCCAAAUCACUUCAAUCAUAAGUUUUUGGGUGCAAUAAAACAGCUGGAACGAAAAUGAGAAAGAUGGUCCAGUAAAUUUCCAGAAAAUCCUGCCCCCUCCUCUUUCUCCUCCUCCUCUACCACCUCCCCUCAUCCCUCCAUCAUAUUGGUGUACCGACCGCUGUUCCGUACUCACCCCUCCCUCACCGACAUGCGAGUCGACCUGCAGGUGAGCAGCUCAGCUCCCCGUUUGUCAGCCACCCAGCCGGGGCGGAUGAGCGACUCCGGUUCUCUCCAAACGGAUUUUAGGAUUCAUGGACGCUGGUGCGUCCGAGGAGCGCGUCUAGAUCCGAAGGGAGAAGCGGUGAUGAUAGCAGCAACAGUGUGGACGUGAAGCCUGUAAAGCGUUUGCAAUAAAACACACCUGUACACCUGACAUGUGUGCACCCAGUGAGACGGUAACCUGAGAUCCCAUCCCAAGGGGAAACCAGGAUGCAUGUCAUUGCGUCACAGCCUUUUGGCAGAAAUAUCGUUGGUGGCAGCUGUUGCGACCCUGCCGCCGCAGCCAUGGUGCUCCUCCUUUGUCUUGGCUUCCUUCCCACUGUGGCCACUUGCCCACCCCACUGCCUUUGUGCAAGUGAUAUCAUUUCCUGCAGCGGCCGCAAUCUGUCCACGAUGCCCUUUGGUCUUCCGAGCUACGCCACAAGGUUGGACCUGAGCCACAACUCUAUUGGAGCCCUGCGUGUGGAUUGGGUCUCACAACCAUUUCACCGGCUAACGACACUAAUUCUCAACAGGAACUCAAUAAGUCAAAUUGAGGUGGCUUCCUUCACUGUGACACCACAUCUCCUCCACCUGGACCUCUCAUCCAACCAACUGACAGUGCUGAAUUCGUCCAUCUUCACUGGGUUGAAGGAACUCAAAGAGCUGCUGCUGAUUGGAAACCAAAUCUUCCACAUAAAGCCAGGGGCCUUUAGUGAUGUUGACAGCCUGGAGAGGCUUUACCUCUCUGCUAACAGACUAAUUGCCUUCCCCCUGGAGCUUUAUGAGGAACCCAAAGGGCCUCGUAACCUGACCUUCUUAGACCUGUCGUACAAUAGGCUCUCCAAAGUGCCUAUUCAGAGUCUGCUGUCUCUCACCCACCGUGCAAGUGUUUAUUUGCAGGAAAACCCUUUGCUCUGUGACUGUUCUUUGGUUGCCCUGCUGGAAUACUGGACGUGGAAACAAUACAGUCCGCUGGUGGACUUCAGAGGUGAAUACCCAUGUAUAGAUGGUGCAGUUAGAGACAUUAAUUGCACACAUCACGGAGUGAUGUACAUACCCCUACAAGCACAGACUUAUCGAGUUGAACCUGGUGAAACGCUCACAGUGCAAUGCCCAGGAUUGCCUCUGCCUGUUCAGGAGGGGUUGGUGGUUUUCUGGGUGACCCCCAGAACGACUCUGAAUUCAUCAGCUGGUGAUCCGAGUGCCCGUCGGUCAGUUCUCCCCAAUGGCACCCUUGAAAUCCAAGGAGCACUACUAGAGGACUCUGGUACAUAUGGGUGUGUGGUGGCCCGUGGGCGCUACUAUCAUCCCAGUGAAUCUCCAGAGGUCAGAGUGCUGGUCGGAAACUCAAGUAUUCCAUCCAACUUUGGGUUGGCUCGUCGGAGCAGCGCAGAACACUUCAACACUGCAUUUACCACCCUGGCUUCGUGUGUGGUGAGCAUCAUACUGGUUCUGCUUUACCUCUACCUUACUCCUUGUCGGUGUCGGGAAACUAGGGGGAAAGGUUCAAGAGGGUGUGGCGGACGAGCCAUUAUUCUUUGUUCAGACCCCCAAGAGGUAGAGUCAGGACAGAGGCGGUCAAAUGGAAAGAGGGUGGCCUUCUUAGAGCCUCAGGCGGAGGACUCUGAAAUUGGUGUCCCAAAAAAACCAGCAAUGAACCUGGAUCAUGUUUCUACUGAGGGAAUUCUCAAGAAUGGAAGUAGGACAGUGGAACGGACCAACACAUAUCAAAAUCACGUGGCGUAGCACCUUCAGCACAGUCCUUCAUUCAUGCAGUCUUAAUACACAUUCUUGUCCUGUUGCUGUCUAGGGAAACAAAUCCAUUUGAUGUAAAGUUAUGCACUUUCUGUCUUGUGAAGUAGUUAUUCACCCUGGGUUUGGGGAGUUGGUCUGAAAAUCAUACACAGUCCUUUUUGUGAGCAGAAUUUAAAUCAUGUCUAAGUGGUGUCUGUUUUUAUAUUUAGAGUUCAUAUGGAAAUUUCACUGUUACCUCAGAGAAUUGUUACCAGAAGGAUCACAGAGAUCAUACAGACGUGGGUGAGCUUUUUAAAUUGGACCGAGAGGGAUGUUCACACCUGAUUUGAUGAGCUGUUAGAGACAUUUGUGGUUAUUCUACAGGAUUCUUCAUGUACUUUGGAUAAUAUGAUGGUGAGCCCUGUUUUUAUAGCAUGUAGUCUGGGAAAGAAAAACAGAAUACAUAAAUAUAAAAUACACUAAAGAUGAUACUCUUUAAGGUUUUUGUUGAUCCUGAAAAACACAAUGUAAGGACUAGAUGGGGUGCUGAUUGGUAAAUAAUACAUGCAAGUAUUGAAGGUUGAAUAUGGAACAAUUAAAUGAAAGGUUAUAUAUAUUUAAAAAAAUAUUUUCCCCACGGGGAAUUUAGAGAUGUGCAGAAUGAAUGCAACACUGGGUUUAUGUUUACAUCUGCUAGCCAGUAGAGGCUGGUAUCGGCACAGCGACGCUGGCAUUUUGGAAAAUGUUGGACUCAGCAAGUCAAGCAGCAGCAUCUGAGCCCAGAAGAUGUGGUUAUCCUUCUCAGAAGAGGAGCGACCAUAAAAAAUAUCUAAAACCAGAGUGAGUUUAGGUGAAGCCUACUACAGAUGGACCCAAAUAAAACAUUUCACGUAUCGGCAGCAAACCUGGCGUCCCAAUGGCUGGAAACCUUGUUCCAUUGUUGCAACGACAACCUCCACACACUAGAUGUCACUUUGGUGUUUGAAUUCCAUAUUCAAACUUGAAAGAGCAAGUCACCCCCAAAUCAACUUUUUUGAGAGGGUGCUCGCUGCAGAACCACAAAGGUGGCGCUGCACCAGAGUCAGCCCCGCCCACUCACGCAAACAGCCUAGCCCACUGACUUCUUCUGUUUUUUUUUUAUUUUAUUUUAUUGCAAACUAACCUGACCCACAUGAAUUACGGCUGUUACUACUUUACAAAUGUUAAUGCUAUGUUCUAUGCUCCAAUUAAGCAAGAUAAAUAUAACUUGCUACCUGACAAAGCCUGAAUAUAUCCCGAAAUGAAAAGGUUUCUUUUAGCGAAUAUGUCCAUAGCCACUCCAACAGAACCAGCCUAGUUGAGCAUUUAAGGAAAAUUAUUUAGUGGACUCUGGUAGUCUAGUGGCAACAUUGUCACAUUCAAAUUUUGCUUUCCCCUCAGCUGAUGUUGGUUCGACUCUCGGUGGGGUAUGCAGCUAUCUAUUUAGCCAGCUGAAACAUUUAAUUUGUUUAUAAUUUAGUUGUAAUGUUUAUUUUCUGCAAAAAUAUUUAUGUCUCUAAAAGUUCUUUGAAUUUGGUGGUUCCUAAACAGCAUUUUAGUUGAAACUCUGCUCACAAAUGGACUCACACUGGCUAAAUAAACAAAUAAAUAGAAAAACAAACACAUUAGUCAUUAUAUUGUAAACGGUAUACCAAUAAAUGGUUAAAAACAUAGUACUGGCAAGUGUAGCUAUAAAGAAGAAAAAAGUUUGCGCCUGAUAACAAGGUAGUGGCGUCACAUGUAAUUGUGCCAUCCAGUGUGUUUUUGUAGAUGGGAUGUAUGAUUUUUCGGCGGUGUCUCAGUAGAUGUCAUUUCAGAAAUAAUUUGUCAGAAAAUUCACAGAAUAUCCAGAUUUGAGAACCAAGACCAGACCCGCUUCGGAGGAGAGGACCAAAUUGAAGCUGAAAUGGGAGGAAAAUGUGUGAAUGAGGCCAAAAAUGGCUUUGGCGUGUUUCUUAUGAGGAAAUGACAAUAUAACAUGGUAAAAAGUUUCAAAAGUUAGAUUUUUAAUUAUAUGGAACCUUUACAAAAUCGGUUCAGUUAACCUCUCAACUCAGUCCUCAAUCUUGCAUUUUAGAUGAUAUUAGCUAUAACACCCUCUUUGGCUCCAGAAUGCUAUCAAGUCUGACAACUGGAAGGAAUUGGACUGACUCUGAUGGAAUGGGCGGGGCUGACUCUGGUGCAGCUCCACCUUCUGGUGCAGCUCUUCCUUUGUGGUUCUGCAGCGAGCACCACUUGACUUUUUUCUUGGUGAUAAACUAUUUAAAUGAGCGUCUAAUCGUGCUGUAGACAUGUUUAGUCAAUAAUUUGGCUCUUAAAGUAUCUUCCUGGAGUUGUCUCCUUUCAGAAAUGAUGUAUGAUUUUUCAGAAAUCCGUGAAAGUGAUUGUCUCAUCAUGUACUGUGAUAUAAUGUAAGCAAUACGUCUUUUUUUGUGCUAAGCACGCCCCCUGUCCCACAGAGCUCUGUGCAAUAGGAAACUGAGCACCAACGAGAACUAACCAAUAGUGUUAGACUACCGCUUACCUGCUUUAAAUUUAAGGAAUACCUCGGCUGAUCCAGAGUUGUUGAACUUUUCACAGACAAGUACGUUACUAAAAUAUAAUUAUAAGAGAACACAACAUGACAUGAGAAUAAUAUUUCUAAAACAAAGUGCAUGUACAAGUACAUUUAUAAACAAGAAACGUGAAAGAGAAAUUAUUUGUGUGAUAUGCUUGUCAGCCACUAGAUGGUACCAUCAAAUAAGAAAAAUACUCCAGAAAGAGACUUUAAGUGCAUCUUAGUUAAAAUUUAAACAUUCUACCUAAAACUGACAAUGUAGCUCCGUCUUAGGUAAAACCUCUGUACUGCAUUUGAAUUUAAAUCUGCCAUCGCUAUUGGCUGAGAAGUACACUAUGAUGUUAGCUGGUACAUUAUGAUGUCACAAUGUCGUUGUGAGCCUGUGUGUGUGUGUGUGUGUGUGUGUGUGUGUGUGUGUAUGUGUGUGUGUGUGUGUGUGUGUGUGUGUGUGUGUGUGUGUGUGUGUGUGUAUGUGUGUGUGUGUGUGUGUGUGUGUGUGUGUGUGUGUGUGUAUGUGUGUGUGUGUGUGUAUGUGUGUGUGUGUAUUUGCUAGCGGCUCAGCCCUCUCGGUCUGCUAGGCAGCUGCAUUUGUUACAUUUUUCAAACAUGAAAUGGGAGUGGAGUAAGACUCUGGUAGGGGUGACUUGCUCUUUAAUACAAUUAUUUUCAAACAAUAAUACUACUAAUAAUAAAAAUAAUAAAAUACUAAGCUAAAUAUGAUUUUAAUUCUAAAUCAUUGUGUGUGUGCAUUUGCAUAAUCUAAUAUUUUUGAAUUUAAAACUAUAUGGUUGAACUACAAAAUAAAGUUGAUUGGAAGGAUCCUACAAAAACAGGUGAAGUAAAGAAAUCCCCCAACUAGCAUCUCAGAUUCUCUUUGAAGGCUGUGUGUGUGUGUGUGUGUGUGUGUGUGUGUGUGUGUGUGUGUGUGUGUGUGUGUGUGUGUGUGUGUGUGUGUGUGUGUGUGUGUGUGUGUGUGUGUGUGUGUGUGUGUGUGUGUGUGUGUGUGAAUAACCCAUACUGGAGUUUCACUCAAUUGUCCAGUGAUGAAUUGUCUCGGACAAUCUUUAGAUCAGAGAGACAGAUGCUAUAUAGGAGAUCUCUUCACCGUAAUGUGAUUCUUGGUGAGAUUCUUUCAUUUUACAGCAGCCUGUAGUUUUACAAACUCACCAAAGAUUUAUUUAAAACCACCACAUUAUAUUUUGAGUCAACCUUAUAUGGUUAGAUUUGAUCAGGAACAAUAGACUUAAGGCAACAGGGUGGUGCUGCUGUUAGCUCUGUUGUAUUAUGAAGGCUGCAGGUUCAACACCUGGCUGAAGCCUUCCUGCAUCUUACCUUAUUCUCUGCAUGCAUGUGAGGGUUUCCUGUUUCCUCCUACAGGUAAAAGCAAUUGUGCGUAUUGGGUAAAUUGGCUACUCUAAAGUGUCCCUAAGUGUGACAGAGACGUGUAAACGAUUGUGUGUCUUAUUUGUCUUUAUGUCUGACUGGAGUAUCAUCACAGGUGUCACCUGCCUCUCGCCCGACCAGCAGGAGAAAGAUACCAGCUCUCCUGUACUGGAAGAAGCAGACACAGAAUAUGAAUGAGUGCAUAUGUAAGAUCUGUCUUGAGACAUUUUUUAAGCAUUAUUCAGAUUUACGUCGAAACACUUGGGUAUAAUAAUUAUAGUCCACAAGUUAAUAAUGUUAAUUAUAAUAAGUGUGGUGAAAAAGUGCAUAAAAUAAAUCCUCAGCCCAUUUAUAUUGGCGUCCAGGAGGCAUCCUAAUCAGAUGCCCGAGCCAUCUCAACUGACUCCUCUCGAUGUGGAGGAGCAGCAGGUCUACACUGAGCCCCUCCCGGAUGACCAAGCUUCUCACCCUAUCUUUAAGGGAGAGCCCAGAAACUCUUCAGAGAAAACUCUUUUCGGCCGCUUGUACUUGCGAUCUCGUUCUUUCGGUCACUACCCAGAGCUCGUGACCAUAGGUGAGGGUAGGAACGUAGAUCGAACGGUAAAUCGAGAGCUUUGCUUUCCGGCUUAGCUUUCUCUUCACAACGACAGAUUGGUACAACACCCGCAUCACUGCAGAUGCAGCACCAAUCUGCCUAUCGAUCUCACGCUCCAUUUUUCCCUCACUCGUGAACAAGACCUCCGGAUACUUAAACGGCUCCACUUGGGGCAAAACCUCUUCCCUGACCUAGAGAAGGCAUUCUACCCUUUUCUCACUCAAGACCAUGCUUUCUGAUUUAGAGGAGCUGAUUCUCAUCCCAGCCGCCUCACACUUGGCUGCGAACCGCUCCAGAGAAAGCUGGAGAUCACAGUCCAAUGAAGCCAACAAGACCACAUCAUCUGCAAAGAUCCCCUCAACACCUUGGCUGUGCCUAGAAAUCCUGUCCAUAAAAGUUAUGAACAGAAUCGGUGACAAAGGGCAGCCAUUGCGAAGUCCAGUUCUCACCAGUAAUGAGCCUGAUACGUGCUUCUCCAUCAGCUCCGCAAGGGACAGACACGCACGGAGUGACGGAAGCGUUUUGCUCUCAUACUUCUCCGUCUCCUGGGGAGUGUUACAAAGCAAUUGUCUGCCUGGACAACAGAGGGCGUAGCGCUGUUCUGUGGUAUCCUGUCAUGUAUCCGGUCCAAGAUAGUGUGUUUAUAUUGUGUUUUUUGUACAUAUAAGAGACUUUUUAACACUGACAAAUGAGUCUCUCAUUCUCCUCCACUUUUUCAUGCGCUCGCCACCUCUAAACCCACGUUUCCUGUCAUUUCCAUCAACGCUUGCUGCGUAUCUUUUCUCUCCUCCAGUCACGUGGGAAUUAAACAUUCAUAUUUUUAGAGUUUUUUCACGAGGCAUUCUUCAAGCUUCUACGUGUCUGCUGCUAGUUAUUCUCGACUCUCAUGUUUUUGAGGGCGCAAUGGCGUCGGUGGAGACGACAGUGGUGCCCUGACCAAUCACAAGCUUGCGUUCUCCGUCUCGACAGAGAUUUUUAGAAAAGAGAGCUCGACUCCGUCCAUCCUUGCGGGGGCUCUUCAGCAGGCCCGCAAGGACGGAUAAUGGUGUUGCGUGUCUCCGCACUGACGCAGACGCAGGAGAAGCAUGAAUCAGGCUUUACUGCUGGCAAUGCGGACCAAGCUCUGACACCGGUCAUACAGGGACCUAACAGCCCUUAUCAAAGGGCCUGGUACCCCGUACUCCCAGGGUACCCCCCGUGGACGCAGUCGAACGCCUUCUCCAAAUCCACAAAACACAUGUAGAAUGGUUGGGUGAACUCCCACACACCCUCCAGGACCCCCCUAAGGGUAUAGAGCUGGUCCAGCGUUCCACGGCCAGGACGAAAAUCACCUUGUUCCUCCUGAAUCUGAGGUUCAACAAUCCGAUGGACCCUCCUCUCCAGAACCCAUGAAUAGACCUUACCAGGGAGGCUCAGGAGUGUGAACCCCCUGUAGUUGGAACAUAUCAUGCGGUCCCCCUUUUUAAAUGGAGGGACCACUACCCUGGUCUGCCAAUCCAGUGGAACUUCCCACGAUGUCCACGCGAUACUGCAAAGCUGCGUCAGCAACACAACCCUACAACAUCCAGAGCCUUAAAGAUGUCCGGCCGGCUCUCAUCCACCCCCGGGACCUUGUCACUGAGGAGUUUUUUGACCACCUUAGUGACCUCAGCACAGAGAUUGGAGCGUCCAACUCAAAGUUCCCAGACUCUGCUUCCUCAUUGGAGGGCAUGCCGGUGGGACUGAGGAGGUCUUCGAAGUAUUCCAUCCAUUGAUCCACAACGUCCCGUGUAGAGGUUAGCAACACCCCUUUUGUAAACAGUGUUGGUAGCGCACUGCUUUCCACUCCUGAGACGCCGGAUGGUGGACCAGAAUCUCCUUGAAGCCACACGGAAGUCUUGCUCCAUGAUCUCACCAAACUCCUCCCACACCCGGAUAUUUGCCUCUGCGAUCACCCGAGCCACAUUCAGUAUCAGACCAACAAAACAGCACUUGUAAAGACACAUGACCCAGAUAUCUCUGAUUUGACGAUACAAACAUGCUUAAAAAGCUAAAUAAUCAAGGCUGAAAGGAAACACUUCAGCUAAUGUUCAAGUAGACAAUUUAGUUGAGUUUUUGUAAUAAUUAUGCUAAAAAUAUAGCUUCUGCAGCUGUUUUUAAAUGUUAUUUCCAUUUCUGGAAAUCCUCUAAAGACCGCUUGUGUAG